UUCGUAUUCUGUAAAUGCAUCUUAACGUAUGGCGUCGUCAAUAUGCGUUACAUUAACGUUAAGUUUGCGUUAUAUUAUUUUUCACUAUAAAUCCGUAUUCUGUAAACCACUUUAACGCAAUUUGUAACGCAUUUUCUUGCGUUACGUAAAGUAAUGCUAACGCUGGCUGCCGGAGAACGUUAAUGUCAUAACGCAAUCUUGAAGGAGAGGAUUAAUGCUGGGGACACACACUUUCCGUAACCGUAACUUUAAAUGUAACGUAGGAGUCUGCAAAACACAUAAUGUUUCCGUAACGCAGCGUUGCCACGCAACCACGGCGGACCUUUGACUUCAUUUAAGUAAAGUAAAAUACCCGCAAUAUAUAACCAAUACUGCAGAAAUACAUUAUAAAGCAAAGGAAAGAUUAAAUAGAAUACGUUGUUAAUAGAUGGAGGCAAUAAAAUUAUUUAAUAUUUAUUAUUAGAUGUAUGAGUACAUUGUACAUAGAAGAAAUUAUGCUAAACGUUGGAUUAAUCGGAGAUGGUGGGUUAGAAGUAUCAACAAAAACCGUAACCAGCAAGGAGAUUUUAAUGCUCUAUUUCAAGAGCUAAAAGAUGACACGGAAAUGUUUUUUCGGUAUACUCGAAUGAGUGUUGACGUUUUUUAUUUAUUGUUGAAAUUAGUUGAACCAUUUUUGAGGAAAGAAAAUUGGAGAGCUUUAUGCCCAGAACAACGAUUGUCUCUGACUUUGAGAUUUCUGGCUACUGGUGACCAACUGCUUUCUAUCGCUUUUGCAUAUAGAAUCGGAGCAUCAACAGCAUCUUCGGUCAUUAAGCAUACUUGUACCAUAUUAAACAAAGUAUUGAUCCCAUUAUAUCUGACCCCUCCAACGUCAGAAAAAUGGAAAGAAAUAGCCACAGGUUUUCUUAAACAUUGGAAUAUUCCAAAUUGUGUUGGAUCGUUCGAUGGAAAACACAUAAACAUCCAAGCUCAACCAAAUUCUGGAAGUGUCUAUUUCAACUAUAAAAAAACUUUCAGCAUUGUCCUAAUGGCUGCUUGCGAUUCCAAUUAUAAAUUUACUCUUAUUGACGUUGGUGCUAAUGGCAGUAUUAGCGAUGGGAGCAUAUUUGCUUCAUCCGAAAUAGGCCAAGCAGUUAAAAAUGAAACAUUAAACAUACCACGAGGACAAAUACAACUUCCUGGUAGUAAUCAAUCAACGCCAUAUUUUUUAUCGGUGAUCAAGCUUUCCCACUAAUGAAAAAUUUUAUGAGGCCCUACGCUGGACGGAAAUUGACAGAUGAUGAAAAACAUAUGCCAGAAAAACGUAUAUACUGUCCAUCACAUUUCAUCGAUUCAGAAUUAGAAGACGGUCUAGUAAUUGAAGGAACUUGGAGGAAUGAACAGAUACAAACACAACGGUUAUGACCUACUGGUGCACAUCGAGCGAACACAAACGCAAUGGAACUACGCGAUAUUUUAUCAGAUUACUUUGUAACCCCAGUUGGAGAGAUUCCAUGGCAAUACGAUUACAUUAGAAGAGGAACAAAUCGAGAAUAAAAAAGAGAUGAUAUAUGUUUCUGUAUAAAAUAUUU